AUGGCACAGGCACCUCCCAUACUUGAUAUGUCGCCGUUCUAUGGCAACGACGAGGCUGCCAAGCGGAAGCUCGUGGACGAAGUCCGCAGUUGCUGCCUUCACAACGGCUUCUUCCAAAUCGUCGGCCAUAAGGUCCCGCUUGAACUUCAGGAAGCAGUCCUUCGGAACGUCAAAGAACUCUUUGCUUGCACCCCUGAGCAGAAGAACCAAGUCCACAAAGAUAAGACAACAUGGAAUCGCGGUUACGAGAGUAUCGGCUCUCAAAUCUUGGAAGCAGGUACAAAUCCUGAUCUCAAGGAGGGCUUCUAUCUCGGAGAAGAGCUGCCAACCUCUCAUCCAUACUUCACCGAGGGCAAGCUCAACAGUGGCCCGAAUCAGUGGCCUCAAUUCUUGAAGGAUCCAGAGGAUUUCAGACAGUCAAGUAUGGACUAUUAUAACGCUCUCCAUGCCCUGGCUCGCGACAUUCUCGUCAUCCUCGCAAUGACUCUCGACCUUAAGGAAGACUACUUCAAAGGGUUCACCACCGGAGCUGUUGCGACACUGAGAUAUCUACAUUACCCUCCCCAGCCAGCGGACUCAGACGAGAAGCUCUCCAGGGGCAUUGGCGCUCAUACCGACUUUGGCUCCGUGACUUUGCUGAUGCAAGACGAGGUUGAUGGGCUUCAAGUGUACGAGAAAUCAACAAAUGAAUGGCUUGAUGUCGUGCCCACCAAGGGUGCCUACGUUGUAAAUCUAGGCAACAUGUUCAUGAGAUGGAGCAAUGACAAGUACAUAUCGAAUUUGCACCGUGUCAUCAACAAAUCCGGCAAGGAACGGUACUCGGUACCGUUCUUCUACAGUGGCAAUCCCGAUUACAUGGUUGAGUGUCUACCAAACUGCCGAAAGGAAGGCGAACCAGCAAAAUAUCCGCCAAUUUCUGUCAUGGACUGUGUGGGAGGAUCUUACAAGGCGAGUUAUGGUGCUGCGACCAAGUUCAAUGCCGAGAAGGACUCCGUGGCGCCAAAGGCAGAUGUGACUUCCACGUCUCAGCCAAUUGCAGUAUGA